AUGGCGACAUCCCUGUCGAGCCAGCUGCAGUCACUUAGAACAGCAACUGCGAAGCACCAAACCGUUGAGCGACAACAUGUGUCUCUUCUCUUUGAGAAAGCAGAAGCAAAAGCACUCGACAGAGAAUCCGCCUUUCAAAUAGGAUCCGCUGGUCUAGAGAAACUUAAAGCGUUAGAUGAUGUGUUUCAAGAACCCAACGGUCUUUUUGAUGAAUCUCGCUUGCAUUUCCAACGUUCAAUGAUCACGAAGGAAGAAAAUGCUAUUCUUAACGAAAAAAUUGAGAAGUUAUUGUUUCAUUUGUCACCAUAUCUGCAACAUUUUGCCUGUCAACAGGUAUUGGAAUGGCUUGUAUACAAAUAUCAGAUCUAUGCCUAUAAUGCCGAAGCGAUGAUUUUGACAUUUUUGCCAUUUCACGAAACGAAUCUGUUUGGUCGAAUGCUUUCGAUUAUUGAAUACAACUUCAACACAUCGAAAGACUGGGGCUUCUUAGAAGAAUUUUGCAGAAAGAGUUAUCCAGUCCCAUUUAGUGCUAUUCUUAGAAGUACUAUGUCUAGUACCCACUCCUUGAUAACGAAAAUCACCAACCAUAUCAAUCGAGGAAUCCAAUUGGUUGGAGAAGAGUUUUUGGAGAACAAAUGUCCUAUGCUAUUCACGUUUUAUGCCAAAUUACUUAUCGGUGUACUAGAAGAUUCUAUGAAGAUUGAUGAUGUACUACUAUCCAAAAUCAUUCCUUUCGUAGCAGUUGGAGUACGCUUCCUUCAUUUCGACAAGCUUCUCUAA